CCAGAAUUCCCCGUUACUGAGUGGAGCCACGUUACUGUGUUGUGUAGGUGUCCAUUUCAGAGUUACUCAGGUCUACGCUCUAGCUUGAGCUUCAGGUUUCUUCUUCCUCAACCUCGAUUCCGUUGCAGACCACACCCAAUGCGCCAGCCAUGGUGUCCACACCAAUCGAUUCCGACGCCAAAUUCACUGUUUCAGAGGGAGAGCAACCGACUAGUGUUUUUGGGUGCUUGACGAACCAGGUAAAUACGCUCAAAAGGCAAAUUCAAGCAGAGAGAGUUGUUUCAGUAAAGGAAAAGCUUGAGAACAAUGCGCAGAAGCUUGCAAGUAAUGUCGCUCAGGUUAUGUCUGCAACCUCUAGAAAUCCUGUACCAUUUAUAGAAGAAAAUAGGAACGGAAAAAUGCUUCUCUCAAGGAUGAAGCUUCCCCUAUGUAAGUUAUCUGGGAUUGCUCAUGGUGCUGGAGAUAAAGACUACAUUAACAAUCAAGAGGUAUUAUACUCCAUCAGUAUUAAACUCCCAUACAUUGAGAAGUUGCCCCCUUACACAACGUGGAUAUUUUUGGACAGGAAUCAGAGAAUGGCUGAAGACCAGUCAGUAGUUGGAAGAAGACGUAUUUACUAUGAUCAGCAUGGCAGUGAAGCCUUGAUCUGUAGUGACAGUGAGGAAGAACUUGCAGAACCAGAGGAAGAAAAACACGAGUUUUCUGAGGGUGAAGACCGUGUUUUAUGGAUUAUUAUACAGGAGCAUGGAGUAGGCGAGGAUGUACUUCAAAUUUUAAGUCAUUCUAUUGGCUGUACCACUUCAGAAAUCCAGGAGCGGUAUAAUGUGCUUAAAGAAAGGAAUUACAAAACAGAAUCAAGUUCUAAAGUUCUGGAAGAAUUUAAGUCUAACAAGGGAAUAUCUUUAUACAAGAGCCUCAGUUCGACAUUAGAUUCUUUUGAUAACCUCUUUUGUCGUCGCUGUAUGCUGUUUGAUUGCCGACUGCAUGGAUGUUCUCAAUCAUUAAUCUAUCCGAGUGAAAAGCUGCUCUAUUGGCCUGAGCACGAGGAGGAAAGAACACCUUGCAGUAACCAAUGUUUCCUUAAGCGAACAGAGAGCAAGACUCCAGAACAAAGAAACAAAAGACCAAGAUCAUCCAAAGCUGAAGAGUCAAGUGCUCGUGCGGAUGCUGACAUCAUACAAGAUGAAAGAUGUCUUGCUGGAAAACUGUCAUGCAUCACUUCUGAAGGUGUUUCUGUGUCUGAGUCGGCCGUAGGCUUAAACUCAGAUGCAUCUAUUGGGACUGCAAUCAACCCUGAAACUGGGGCUAAGCACCAAAAUAUUGAUUCUGUGUCAAAUGAUCCUGAAUUAAUUUCUGGUGAUUCUCAAGAUUACAAGAAACAAAAAAUGAUGUCGGUCCCUCUGGACGUUGCAAAUGCCCCUGCUGAUACCAUCCCUGAACUCGGUAGUAUUACCAGCACCAAAUGUAGUCAUGAGGAUGUCCAUGGACUUCAAGAAAAUGAACUUCUAAGUAAUACUGAAAUAUCUUUGAGUGACGCCACCAAACAAGCUAAGGAGAAAAUUUCUCCCCCGGAUAUUGCUUCAUGUGAUUAUUUGCAGGACACUGGCAGGUAUGACACUAUGGAAGUCAAAGAGUUGUCAACAUCAAAGCUGUCAGCUGGUACUGUCAGAGAACAAGUUGAAGGAACGUGUGGACGUUCUGAGUGGAAGCUCAUGGAAAAAGAAUUGUACAUGAAAGGAAUAGAGAUAUUUGGAAGAAACAGUUGCCUCAUAUCUAGAAACUUACUCUCUGGAUUGAAGACUUGCAUGGAGGUAUUCAAUUACAUGCACAAUGGUGGAGCUUCAACGUUGCACAGGUCAAACAGCAUGCCAAGUUCAAAUACAGAUGACAAUGGAAAAGAUGAUAUUGACUAUACGGAGCAGGACAUGCGAACGAGAUCACGGCUACUCCGUAAACGAGGAAAAACACGCAAACUUAAAUAUUCUUGGAAAUCCGCUGGCUAUCCAUCAUUUUUGAAAAGGAUUGCUGAUGGAAAAAACCAGUCUUGUAAACAAUAUACGCCAUGUGGAUGCUUGUCUUCGUGUGGAAAGCAAUGCCCUUGUCUUCAUAAUGGGACCUGCUGUGAAAAAUAUUGUGGGUGCUCAAAAAGUUGCAAAAAUAGAUUCAGGGGAUGUCACUGCGCCAAGAGUCAAUGCAGAAGUAGGCAAUGCCCAUGUUUUGCAGCUGGACGUGAAUGUGACCCUGAUGUAUGCCGAAAUUGCUGGGUCAGCUGUGGUGAAGGUUCAUUGGGAGAACCACCAAGACAGGGAGAUGGCCAGUGUGGUAAUAUGAGACUCCUCCUAAGGCAACAGCAGAGAAUUCUCUUGGCCAAGUCUGACGUAGCUGGAUGGGGAGCGUUUUUGAAGAACUCUGUCAACAAGAAUGAUUAUCUGGGAGAAUAUACUGGGGAAUUGAUCUCACACCGUGAAGCAGAUAAGCGUGGGAAGAUUUACGAUCGUGCAAACUCUUCUUUCCUUUUCGACUUGAAUGAUCAGUAUGUUCUAGAUGCAUAUCGUAAAGGCGACAAGCUAAAGUUCGCAAAUCAUUCGUCGAACCCCAACUGUUACGCAAAGGUAAUGUUGGUAGCUGGAGAUCAUCGAGUAGGCAUUUUUGCCAAGGAGCAUAUUGAAGCUAGUGAGGAGCUUUUCUAUGAUUACCGCUAUGGACCCGAUCAAGCGCCUGCGUGGGCUCGAAAACCCGAAGGUUCUAAGAGAGAUGAUGCAUCAGCUUCCCAAGGGAGAGCAAAGAAACACCAAUCUCAUUGACUUGCCAUUGAAAAGGUCUGGACUCAUAAACCAUGCCCCCAUGCUUUACCUAGUAGGAGUAUAUAGAAGUCGUUGUCAAAUAAGGGUGCUUUUAAGAAGUUAUAGAAACUUCUAUACAUGUUAAUAUGCAUAGUAUUAUUUCACGAAAGGAUAUGAAGCUUAAUAAACUGUGGAAAAUAAUGUAUAACAUUACGUAAUUAUAUAUUAAAUUCAGUAUCAUUUUGUGCAAGUCGGGCAAACGAACUUGUAUCUUUAUGAUGCUUUUUGAAAGGGAAAUUUGUGUCUUUCAUAA